AUGAGCCCGUCGGAAGUCUACGAGGCCGGCCUGUGCUCGACAAUUCCGACCGUAUUCGACGAGUGCAAAGACGAUUGGAUAUCCAAAAACGGCACGUGUUAUCAAGACUCUUGUUGUGCCACUUUUGAGGCAAGUGAACACGUUUUAGUAAGUGUUCAACGCGACGAUGCUCAGGCCGCCACUUCAUGGUUCUAUCGGAUGGCUCAGUUCUCGCACGUCGUCUUCAGUUGUGUCGGAAUUGUGAUCGCGACUUUUUACGUGUCUAAAUACGCAUCAAAACACAUGCUACCGAGUAAUGUGCGCGUUCUCGUCAACAUUAUGCUCUUGCUGAUUGUGGCUCACUCCAUCGACAUGACUGUGAUUCAUGUGAGUUAUUAUCUCGAGAACCAAGUGUUUUCGUAAAAACUUGUUAAUUAAAAAGUUGUCGGAAAUGUUGUUUUGAACAACUUUCUCGUUGAUCAUUUCAUCUCAAAAUUCGUCAUUCUCGAGUUAUUGAUUGACUUUUAUACAGUACUCGUAACACUGAAAUCGUGUCGUCAUAGAAACGGACGAUAACUCGAGAAUGAUAAAUUUUCAGACAAAAUUGUGUGUUACAAAGAUGUUCAGCAUAAAAUUUCCAACAACUUUUCCAUUGACAAGUUUUUGCAGAAACCAUUGGUUCUCGAGAUACAGGCCUCCAAAGAUCACUUUCAGUUACACCACAUCACCCAAUCCUACCGAGCUCCGCUCUCCGAUCCGUGUUUCGUUCGGGAAAAAGUGUCUUUCUGUGCUCCAUUCCGCUAUACUUUCACUUUUUGCACAAUCGCUCUGUCCGUCUGUACAUAUUGCACCUAUAUCGAUCGAGUGGCGUGCGCCUUCUACAAAAACUAUGCGAAACAUCAAAAGUUGAUUCUGAUCUUUCAACUCAUUCAGUUGGUAAGCGGGGUUCUGGAUGUGACCAAUUUGAAGCGAAAUAUCGAGUCAAACGUUAUGCCGCGUCCAAAGUCGCGGACUUUGCUGUCCAAAGUCGGCAGAAAUUUGCGGAAAAUCCGGGGUGCGCACAGCUGAACGAGUGUUACCGUACACCAUAAAAACUACGGUAUUUUUUUGAAAAUUUACCCAAGAAAUUUGAAAAAAAUUUCAAAUAUUCUCGAGAAAUUUAAAUUUUUUUCAAAAAAAUACCGUUGAAAAAUUUACUCAAGAAAUUUGAAAAAUUUUCAAAUAUUCUCGAGAAAUUAUAAUUUUUUUUCAAAAAAAUACCGAUGAAAAAUUUAGCCAAGAAAUUUGAAAAAAAUUUGAAAAAAAUUCUCGAGAAAUUUAAAUUUUUUUCAAAAAAAUACCGUUGAAAAAUUUACUCAAGAAAUUUGAAAAAUUUUCAAAUAUUCUCGAGAAAUUAUAAUUUUUUUCAAAAAAAUACCGAUGAAAAAUUUAGCCAAGAAAUUUGAAAAAAAUUUGAAAAAAAUUCUCGAGAAAUUUAAAUUUUUUUCAAAAAAAUACCGUUGAAAAAUUUAGCCAAGAAAUUUGAAAAUUUUCAAAUAUUCUCGAUAAAUUUAAAUUUUUUUUCGAAAAAAAUACCAUAGUUUUAUGGUGUACGGUAACACUCGUUCAGCUGUGCGCAUCCCGGAUUUCCCGCAAAUUUCUGCCGACUUUGGACUGCAAAAUCCGCGAGAUUUGCGGGGUUUUCCGAGACUUUGGACGCGGCAUUAAUUUUCUCGAGUUUCAGGCUGUCAUUUCCACGUUGGCGGUCAUCUGGAUCUACCGAAACGACGAUCCGGACGCGUACCUCCUCUCGUGCAUCAACCUUCCGAGCGCGUCCGUCGCCGACAUGACCACAGUGACCAUCGUCAUAUUUCCCAUCAAUUUCGUCUGUUUCUUCCUCUCUAUCGUUCUGUUUCGACACUUUAAACGGAAGGAGAAGGGGUGAGUAGACAUUCGAAAAAGGAAGGUAGACAUCGGGGGGAUUAUGAUUAACUCUAUAAUAUCGGACUCUUAAAGUUUGUGUCUAGACGAACGUUUCUUUGCUCAUAACUGCUCAUAAUGACGGGUUUUUGAGAUAUAAGAAGUAAAAGUACUUUGAGGCCCCGCAGUUCAGGUCCUAAAUGUAAGUUUUCAAGUGACAGACCUUUUCUAAGUGCUUUUUCUGUAAUACCGUACUUCAUUUGAGCUCCAGCAGCCGAUUCGACAUUGUCCGUCACUUCACCGCCGCCGUCGACGUCGAAUCGUCAGAGUUUCUGUACCGAACGACGGGCACACAGGCCGCCAUGAUGGUCCUUUUCUCGGUGGCCUCACUCACAAUGCGCGUCUUCUAUCACUCGCUUCCAAGACCGAUCGGCCUCGCGGUUGCCACUCUUUCCUAUGUAAUCAAUUCAAUGACAACGCCAUCAAGCAUCGUAAAAGUGUGUUUUCAGACGUUCAGCAUCUACAGUCUCGUCGUUCCGUUGGUGAUGUUGAUCUACGCGAGAGGCACGACGAAUCAUCGAAAAGAACGGAUUUGGAGUCAGGUCGGACUGAAAUCGGUGGGCGUCGAAGGAGCCGAUCACUAUUUUGGAAUGAUGAAGACUCAGUGGGAAUGA